AUGUUUGGAAUUAAGUGCAAGCCAAAGAAUUUAACCGAGUCAUUGUUGCCGAUUUUGACGUUCAACUGGAUUUUCGGUCAUCAAAUGAUCAGAUAUUCUGCAAGUGGUUUUAAUUUUGCCCAAAAAUUUUUAUACUUAAUUUUCAUUAUAAGCAUUUAUGGCUCUAUUUUAACUUAUAUAGCAUUGUGGUACAGCAAUAGUGCUCACACGUUUAACAAUAAUGUUCGAAUAUACUUUUUAGUUGUUUUAGUCAAUUUUUUAAUACUGGCAGUUAAUAUUUUCUUUGGCCGAUUUUAUAGAAAUAGAGCGUGUAUAAUCAAUAAAAAAAUUUCAAAAAUAGACAAAAGUCUUGAAUAUUUGGGAGUUCCCGUUAACAGACAACAAAGUUACAAUUAUUCAUUGAAGCUAAUCGUCAUUUGGAUAAUAAGCGUUUUUAUACUUAACAUCAUCGUAGCUUUGUUAUCAAGUGUUCAAAUUAAAGGCUUUCUCAGGAAGAUUAUGAUGGCGUUUAUUAUCCAACAUCCAAUGCACGUAAAUGCUUUAAUUGAUUUUACAUUUUGUUCAUUAAUUUUACUCAUGAAGCUUCGAUUCAAAUCUGUUAACGAAGCGCUUUUGAAGUUCCGAAUUAUAUAUAGUUACAAUUUACCAGUCAUUAACUUGAAUAGAGAAGUAAACAAUCAUUUUACUCGUCAAAAAACACCGGAGCAUUCUUUCGUUGUUUUUAAAAUUCUAAAAAACGCGCAUUUAGAACUGACAAAUAUUUGUAAUGAUAUCACCGAAAUAUUUGAAUGUCAAUUGAUUAUGACAAUACUUUCGUCGUUUAUAUUGAUAACGACAAUGCUCUACAAUGUAUAUUCUUCGAAUGUAAAUGAAGAAAUUACAUUUAUUCAAAAAGUAUCCUACAGUAUAAUUUUUACAAGUUGGGUUUUGCACAGUAGUUUUAAAUUUAUCUUCAUUAAUUAUACCUGUUCCGGAACAAUAUGUGAGUGGAAGCGAACCGGUAAACUAAUUCAUAAACUGGAAAUAAAAUCACAUGGUACUGAUUUCAGUGAAGAAAUUCAGCGAUUUUCAAUCCAAAUUAUUAAAAAUCCAUUAAUCUUCACACCUUGCGGAUUAAUAAAUCUCAGUUACAAAUUAAUACGAAAUUUUGCUGGAUCAAUAACGACUUACCUUGUGAUUGUAAUCCAAUUGAGCGACGAAGACAACCAUUAA